GCAGAGCGGCGGCGGCGCGGGCGGAAGCGGCGGCGGGGCAGGCCCGUGGCGGUCGCUGCCGCGUCCCGUCCGACCCCGCGACCCUCGGCGCGGCCAUGGCGGAGCCCCCGCGGCCGCAGCGCAAGCUGUCCCGGGUCGGGGAGAGCCUGUACCGCGUGCUGGGGCUGCAGAAGGGCAGCUCCCCCGAGGAGAUCAAGAAGGCCUAUCGGAAGCUGGCUCUCAAGUACCACCCGGACAAGAACCCCGAUGACCCAGCGGCAGCCGAGCGCUUCAAGGAGAUCAACAGCGCCCACGCCACGCUCAGCGACGCGGACAAGCGCCGCCUGUACGACCAGUACGGCUCCCUCGGCCUCUACGUGGCCGAGCAGUUCGGCGACGAUGCUGUCCGGCACUACUUCCUCAUGUCCAAGUGGUGGUUCCAGGCACUGCUGCUGUGCUGCGGAGCCCUCACCUGCUGCUGCUGCUGCUGCUGCUGUUUCUUCUGCUGCGGGACGUGCUGCCAACCCAAGGAGGAUGAGUCCUACAAGUACGUGGACCCCAAGGACCUGGAGGCACAGAUGCGUGCAGAGGACAGCGAUGCUCAGGGCCCCGUUGUAGCGCAGCCGCCGGCCAGCACGGAGCCGCUGCCAGCCAGCACCAGGAGCGAUGCCUGAGGCCGGCCCCGUCCCGCCGGCUCCCCCAGGACCGGGGCAGGGAUCCUCCUUUGGGACUGUCACUGUCUGGGACCACGGUCCCGCCCCCCGGGCCGGCUCGUCAGCCUCGCCAGGGAUAGAAUCUCAGGUUAAUUUGGCCAGCAUCAAUGCACAGGCUCCUGGGCCCCUGCUCGAGCUCCAGGGCAAUGCCCCAGUGUCCCAGCACUGUGGUGGCAGUGGCCUGGAGCCCGUGCUGCUGUGGCCCCCUUGAGUGCCUUGCCCGUGCCCGGGUGGGGCACCGAGCAGCAGGCACGAGCAGAGAUGCUCCGGGCCGAGCUCUGUAGCUCUCAGUCCGAGACCAUUAGCACUGUAACCUCGGGGCUGGGCUGAGCCCGCCCCUCCUCAGCCCUCCCUGUGCGUGCUGGGUGCCAAACGCUGCUGUGGGGUUGGGGUGCUCCUGUGUGUGCCCCUUCCCUCUGCCCUCUGGGUUUGUCUGGGUUUUUGUGGGCACCAUUAAAGGCCGACGGGAGGGGAGUGUGUGUGUGUGUGCCUGGUGUCAGGGCUGCUGGAGCACUCGCAGCAGGAUGUGCCUCUGCUGGGUGCUGUCCAUGCUGGGGCUGUGCCCGUGGAUCCUGCGGGGUGCUGCACUAACCGGGGUGUGGAGUAGGCAGGUCACACCCUGUGUGGCGUGGUCGUGUCGAGUGGAGGGAAUGUCACCUGUCUCCUGUCACCCACCUGGUCGCACUGUGUGUCCCCUGCUGCUGGCUCCCGCAGGCUCUGCUCUUCCUGCUCCUGCUGCUGUCCCGGGGCCCUGCUCCCCGCUGCCGGCACCGGCCCUGCUCCUGCCCUGCUCCGGGGAGCCGUGGCCCUGCGGAGGGCCAGCACUGGCCGGGCUGGGGCCGGGGGGGACACGGGGAGCCGCUCGCUCGUUCUUCCCAUCUCUGGUCACUGCCGCUGCCCGCAGCUGCAUGGGCUCUGCCUCACUCCCUAAAUAUAGCCAGGGUGCCAGGGCGAGUGGGGAUGGGGGUGUCCUGGCACGAGUCCCCCCGCCCUGCUCUUCGGGGGGGCUGGCACUGUGGGGUCUGCGGGACCCCGGCCUCCCGCAGCCCUGCUGCCUGCAGAGCGGGGCACAUUCUCCUCAGCAUGCCUGCCAGCCCUGCAGCCCCUGCUCCAGCCAGCCCCGCUCCCCGGGGCCUCGGCCGCUCCUCCUCCCGGGCAGGGCACCAGCGGGUGCGGAGCGCGGCCGGUGCCGGGCCCUGCCGGUCCCGAGGGGUGGGCAGGAGCGGUGACUCAGUGUCACCCGACGCCGCCGACAGCUGCGGCCCCGGCGGGGCGGGGGCGGCUAAAAUUAGCGCCGGGGGCCGGGGCCG